CUCUCUCACGGCUGCCUUCUCAAUCUCCCGCAAUGCGGCUUGCAUCCAUCGGCAUCUCUGUCCUCCUGUCAACAUCAGUCUCAGCCGAUGAACCACCAUCGUCAGAUCUGCCCAGCAGGCCGCGCCCGCCAUGCUCUCUACCGUUCGUUCGUCGUCGAUGCCUUCCAUCCCAUGAGUCAUCGCGCCCUGACCGUCACCGAUCUUCUGAUGCUACUCUGAUGACCAGCGCACAGAGGAGAAGAAUGGGCCAUGCAGCACACGGCGAUGACAUGCACGCGCCCAGCUAUCCGCCGACCCACCAUGACUCGGCUUUUGUGCGCGGCUUCCCUAUUAUGAGGAUGCAGCGAAGGAGGUCCUGGCGCCGUCAGAAUGUGGUUCGGAUGGGGUCUGACGGCCGCGACCCGCAGGCGCCGUGGGACAUGUUCGCCCGGAUGAUUGAGGCCAAAAAGGCCGAGGUGAAGCGGCUCGUGGAAGAACACAGCAGCGACAUGGACCCGCUCAUGGUAGGCUGGGCUGGGCUGGGCUGGGCUGUGGAUGUGGUGUAGGUUGGUCGCCUCUAUGUGUGUGGCUUCUCUUGCUUGCUUCAGAUGCGUCUGCAGUACGUGCGAAGCCCCGUCAACAUCAAGAUCUCCGAGAGCCUGCGGCCGCCGCGCAACGACUCGGACUUCUGCCACAAGCUGACGAUGAUUGCCGACCUCAAGCGGGAGUCCCCCACCCACCCGGACCCCUCUCAGCGACGUGUCCUCUCCUACAGCGACGCCAGUGAGAUGGCCUGCGCUCUGACAAACAUGGGAUUCGACGCCAUCUUCGUCAACACGGACCAGUCGUUCUGGGGCGGCUCGUAUGACGACAUCCGCAAGAUCAAGGAGGAGUUCAGGGUGCGGGGGGUGCGCUUCAGUGAGCGGCCUGCGAUCAUUGCGAAGGACCUGAUGCUGCACCCCCUGCAGAUGGCCUAUGCCGUCGAGAUGGGGGCCGACGGGGUGGUGCUAAACUCCCUGCUGCUGGGGCAGGACAUGGAGCACAUGAUGGAGGCCGCCAUUGUCAUGGGCUGCGAGACCGUCGUGGAGGUGCACACACAGCAGGAGGCCGACGACGCCGUCAAACAGGGGGCAAACAUCAUCAUGGUAGAGAGGCACGUGUGUGUGGUAAGGCGCUCCAUCUCUGUGUCAUGUGCGCAGGUGAACCAGUGGGACCGUGUUGACGGCCGUCUGUCGCCGCUGCAGGCCGGGAAGCUCCGCGACCGCAUCCACCCAGAGGUCAUCACCAUCGUCGCCGGCGGCAUACAGGACUACAAACAGGUGAGGACCGACCCGACACGCGGACACAUGGAGUGGAUGGUGUGUGAUUGGCCCGCCCGCCCGUCUGUGUGUGUGUGUGCAGAUAAGUGACAUCGGUAUGCUGGGCUACGAUUCUGUUGUGUUGGGGCGCAAACUCGCCGAUGUAAGUGCCGGAACCUCUCGCCAUGGCCCAUGCACACACGCAUCAACACACGCCCCCCUCCCUCCCUCUCUAUGUCUCUCUGUGUGUGUCUGUGUGUGUAGGAGGAUGUGCCGCAGCUGGUCGAUAGGGUGCGUGCGUGGGAGGGCCCCCCGCGGCUGACUCUGACGAUGGGCAUGGGGCGGGCCAUCAGAGACGAAGUACAACAAGACAUGUACUACUGAAUGAAGCGUUGUGAAU